CGGGGGUAAGGAAUACGAGGGCACUGAUCGCCAAAGCCUCGCAGCCGAUCAUGCACCACUCUCGGCGGGCGUCUUCUCGGCGCAAGCAGCAGUCGGCCAGGGGCCGGGCGCCCGCGCUCCAGGCCAAGACGCACCUGGACGAGGCGGCCGGACACCUCAAGUCGGGCAACUACCACAGGGCGCUCACCGCCUACUCCAAGGCGCUGGAGCUUCGGCCGGAGGACAAGGGCGCCCUGGUGGCGCGCAGCAAGUGCUACCUGCUGCUGGGGCAGCCGCAGCUGGCGCUGCAGGACGCCGAGGCGGCGCUACGAGUCCAGCCCGUCGACCCGGAGAACACGCCGCGGCCGCCCACCUACGCUGAGGUGAAGAAGAGCGAGAUCGUGCGGUGCUCGGCCAUCUUCCAGAAGGCGGAGGCGCUGUACCAGCUGGGCGACUUCGAGCACAGCCUGAUGUACCACCACCGCGGGCUGCGUCUGCGGCCAGAGCUCGACGGCUUCCGUCUGGGCGUCCAGAAGGCGCAGCAGGCCAUCCAGAACACCAUCGGCGGGAAGACGCUGCUGCUCACGCCGGAACCGGCAGAGUCCCCUGCGGCGCUGGCGCAGACGCCGCCAGACGACAGCAAGCAGGAGACGGCGGCCACGUCGGUGCCCAGCUCGGGGUCGGCGGCGGGGCGUCGCAGCGCGAGCGCCAGCGCCGCGGCGCAGCACGGCCACGCCCCCAGCAGCCGGCCGGCGUCGGGCAGCGCGUGCACGGGGGACCCUGCGGCGCGCCGCCUGCUGGGCGCGCUCUGCGUCGACAAGCAGUACCUCGAGCAGCUGCUCCAAAACCCCGAUAUUAAAUGCCUGCGUCAGGAAGCUGCGAGUCACAUCUUGACGGAGGCGGAGGAAGGCAUCGAAUUCCUCAAGACCAGAGAAGAGUUCUGGCGUCAGCAGAGGCCCAUACAAGUGAACAACAAAAAGAAGAAGAAGCACUAGAAGUAGACGUACCUGGUCACGACACGCACUCUAUUCUGUAAACUUAGUGUACAGCUUUCACCUUAGCUGGACCGAACCUACAGACUCAGAAGAUUCGUAACGUGUUUGCAAGACUUCUCCAUAAUGAUGACUGAUUUUUCAUUUUCGAUAUAAGAUUCCAGAAAUUUCUUGACGGUAUUCAGAAGAACAGAUGUUCUCUUGAUCUUUAUGUCUGAUUCCAACAAGGAAUAUGUAUGUGACUGUUACGUAACUAUCUACAUUCUUAUGGCGGUAGUAGAUUUUCUUAGCAUCGAGUCUGUUUCCACACAUUGGUGUUAAGGGAAUUCAGUAAUUGAUGACUGCUGAUUGUUGCGUGUUCGUUUGAUGAAUAAGUACGCACUUGAUGUAGGACCUUCCAUGAGCGCCAGUCGAAAGACGAAGUGUCAUGAUACUAAAUUGUUUCUUAUCAA